GAUGGCAGCUGCUUCAGCCUACACGGGGACUGUGUGUACAAAAUGUCAGAGGUUGUGGAGAAAGACGGAUCGAUGGCUCCAUUUGUUGUAUCAGUGCAGCAGUUGACCAAGAUGGAUGAUGCAAUGGUCACCAGGAGGGUUGACAUACAGGCCUACAAAUACAAGAUAUCUAUGUCUCCCAGAGUUAUAUGGGAAAUAAUGGUGGAUGACGUUACAGCAAAUCUCCCACUGUCACUCGGAGAUGGAAAGGUCAGGGCCUACCAGAACGGCAUUAACAUCGUCGUGGUAACAGACUUUGGCUUGAUGGUGACCUACGACACCGUUGCUGGCGCCAUCAUACAGCUUCCAUCCAUUUACAAAGGUGUUACCGGUGGUCUCUGUGGCAACUAUAAUGACAAGAAGGAGGAUGACUUCCUGCUGCCCAGUGGGUUGCAGGAGCCGUCUGUGGAGAAGUUUGCAGCGGGGUGGUUGGUGGUUCAGGAAGGGGUCAAAUGUCAGACAGGAUGUGACGGUGGCUUGAAGUGUCCUCCCACCAGUGGACCCCCACCGGCUUGUAGCAUCAUGAAGUCAACCAAGGGUCCAUUUGCCCAAUGCCAUGCUGUUGUGCCACCACAAGAGCACUUUGAGGAGUGCAUGAAGGAGGGAGAGGGUGGGGAUGCCCUGUGCCGCCACUUACAGACAUAUGUGACUUUCUGUCAGGUAUCCGGUGGCCUUGUCAGCAGCUGGAGAUCUGACCAGUUUUGUCCUCUGACGUGUCCAGCUAACAGUCACUAUGAGUUGUGUGCCGACACCUGUUCUUCUACCUGUUACUCUCUCAGCGAGUCUCCAAAAUGCCCACUAUGCCAGGAGGGCUGCCAGUGUAACGACGGCUUUGUGUUUGAUGGUGGCAAGUGUGUCCUACUGGAGAACUGUGGCUGUGUGGUUGAUGGACACUAUUACAAGUCUGGCCAGUCUGUGAUCCUGAGCAACUGUUCUUGA